AUGGCGUCCCGUGACGACUACGCAGUCGGGUGGGUUUGCGCACUGCCUAUAGAGGUCGCCGCAGCCAAAGCAACGCUUGAUCGCGUCCAUGACAAUCUACCUCCGGAUCGGAACUCAGACGACAACAAUAACUACAUCCUAGGGAGUCUUCAAGGCCACAAUGUCGUUGUGGCGUAUCCGAAUUCCGGGGUGUAUGGUAAAACAUCGGUGGCCGACGUGGCCACACAGUUGCACGCAAGCUACACAUCUGUCCGAUUCAAUUUCACGGUCGGCAUUGCAGGAGGUGUGCCAGAUACGAAGGAGGAUAUUCGUCUUGGUGAUGUUGUUGUCAGCAAGUCGACAGCUGGCUGGCCAGGUGUCAUCCAGUAUGACGUGAACGGGGAGCGAACGGAGGAUCAAUUUGUUCGCGGCAGAGCGUUAGAUCAGCCGACACCAUUGCUUCUCACAGCUAUGGGGAAGGCCGAGACAGCCGCCAUUUUUGAUGAAAGUAAGAUGCCCCAGUAUGUCUCCGAGAUCGUGCAGAAAGACCCCGUCGCCUUUGGCCACCCUGGCCCAGAGCAAGACGUCCUCUUCGAGCCGAAUUAUAACCAUGCAACCAUCGAAUCCAAAGAAAGCGGAUGCAGUCAUUGCGACCCGGAUAGGAUCCGACCCCGGCAGCCUAGGGAGGUACAGGACCCCAUAGUUCAUUAUGGCCUGAUUGCCUCCAGCCAUCAUUUGACGCGCCGCGGAGCGACCCGGGACAAGUUCGCACACAAGCAUGGCAUUCUCUGUUUCGAGACGGAGGCAACCGGGCUGAGGGAUGCCGCCCAGUACUUGGUCAUCCGAGGAAUUUGCGACUACACAGAUUCGCACAGGUCCGAGCUCUGGCACGCCUACGCCGCAGCGGCUGCCGCAGCAUACGCAAAAAAGGUCCUCUCUUUCAUACCCACGGUAUCUAAGGCGAUACAUCUGGCCACAAACUCAUAUGCCGAGGCCGCGCCUGUUCUUGACGCUUUGCUUCUAACAAGGCCCGAGGUUGAUCGGAAGUCCCUCAUUGCAUUGAAAGGGCGCAGGGUUGACGGCACCUGCGAAUGGCUCAUACAGCAUCCCCAUUAUCAAGAGUGGCUGGCAGAUGCGAAUCACCCACUCCUGUGGAUCUCAGGGGGUCCUGGAAAAGGGAAGACCAUGCUGGCGAUUUAUAUCACCGAGGUGCUACAGCCACUGGUUGACGCCGCCGAUAAUGUUCUCCUCUACUACUUCUGCAGUAACCGUGACAAGAAUCGGAGCACCUCUUUGACAAUCAUGAGAGGCAUCCUGCAUCAAUGGAUCGGCCUCAAUCCGCAUCUGGCCAAAGACAUUAGGAACUCCUUCGAGGGGACAGAAACAACCAAAUAUACACUUUCCAGUUUUGUCUCGUUGUGGAGGGUUUUCCUGACCCUACUUCAGCAGAGCACGUCUUCCCAGGUAGUCUGUGUUCUGGACGGCCUGGAUGAAUGCGAAAAGGAAUCACUCAAGCAGCUUCUUGAUGCCGUUGGGAAUUACUUGUCGAAGUCUGGGGAAAAGGCAAGGCCACAACUGAAGCUCAUUAUCCUCUCCCGACCUCAGCCGACUGUUUUGGAAAGCAAACUCGGCCAAUACCAGCAGAUCCAGUUAGAUACCUCCAACACGGAAAUUUCGCAUGAUGUCGAGAGAUACAUCUUCGCUAAAGUUGCCGAACUAGCAUCCGAGCAAAAUCUUUCCGAAGAGAUGGUCGCGCGGGUUCAGCAGAUCUUGCUGGCUGGCGCUGAUAGGACUUUUCUGUGGGUUGGAUUCGUUGCCAAUGAGCUUCAGGGCAGGAGUUGGUGCAAAAUCGACGAAGUUCUCCGCAAUGUCCCUAAAGGCCUGGGUGGGAUUUAUCAGCGGCUUCUUCAGCAGAUCGGCGACAAGGAAGCAUUGGUCCCCAUCCUUCAAUGGGUCGUUCUCGCUGCCCGGCCCCUCACACUAGAAGAAUUGACCGUGGCCGCAGGUAUAAAGACGGCUGGUACUCUUCCAGCAACGCAAGCGACCAAGAAUCGCCUCAGGUUUGGCGGGUUGCUCGUGAAGAUCGAAGGAGAUGUCGUCAACCUGGUUCACGAAUCGGCGAAGGAGUUCUUUCAGAGCGAUCAAGUCAACAUCAAAGGGAUCAACAUGUUCCAUAUGAGCCAGGAUACCCACAGGAUCCUCAUGCAGACCUGUUUAGCACACGUCGAACGCGGAUACGGAAAUCCCGGAAGGAUCCAUGAAAUGUCUGGCCAUGAUCCCUUCUUAUCUUAUGCCACCCAGUACUGGCCGGUGCAUUUUCACCACGCCAUUCAUGUGAUCGAUACACCGUCCGAGUUCUCACGUCCGUUCUUUCGAGUCGACUAUCCGAUCCGGGACGAAUGGUGGAAAGUCUACUGGGAGCAGGAGAAGAACGGCGGAAGCCCGCCCUCCUUCACACUCUUGCAUCUCGCGGCAUACUUUGGCAACAUACCCUGGGCCAAGUGGUUGAUCAACAAGCAUGCCCGCCUCAUUUCGCUAAAGGACAACUACGGCCGGACGCCGCUGUCCUGGGCCGUCAACCAAGGUCACCGAGAAAUGGUGAAACUGCUGCUUGACCAUGGUGCGCGUGUCAAUUUCAAAGAUCGAAGCAUGUUGACGGCACUCCAUAUCGCGGUCACUGGACAGCACAGGGACGUCAUGUCUGUGCUGCUCGAACACGGCGCCCGUCUCGAGGCCAAGGCGGAGCAUGGCGACACGGACACGCCGUUGAUGCGAGCCAUCCUGACGAACUCGAGAGAGAUGACGCAGGAAUUACUUGAGCACGGAGCGCGCGUGGACAAAUUACCAGCUCUUCUGGGAGUUGCUUCCCUGAGGGGACCUACGGACCCGAUGGACGAGCGGGUGAAAGAGCUACUUGGGCUCCAGGAGCAGGUCUUCCUCGCACGCUUCAAGCGUUCGUCGCGAUUUGUCGACCUGGUCAUGAAAGGGCUGGGCCUUUCCCUCCGCUUUCCCCUCGUUCUCGAAUUGAUGUCCCUCUAUCUCAAGUUUGUGGCGUUGAACCGCUGGGACAGUCUGUCUGUACUGCAGGAGCUCGUCCAGGAGAACAAAAUGGACGAACUGCGAGAAUGGGCGAAACUGUACCAUAGGUUCUUCUUGGGGCUGGUUGUCGCCAGGAAUCCGAAGAGGCUGAAGGCCAUGGGCGACCUGUCGGCGCAAAUAUUGCAGAAGGUCGCGCCCAGAGAUCUUCAGGCACUGCUGGCCAUCACGGUCUUCACCGGCAUGGAAACGAAACUCGCGGCGGUCCGACACGGAUGGAGAGAUGGAGAUGCCAUCACAGCUGCGGCAAUUUCCGAUUGGGCCGCCACCGCCUGCGACAGGGACGCGUUGGAGUUCUUCCACUUCGGUAUCCGUGAGUUUUUGAGCGAUUUCGAUGUCUGUAUUCGGAAUGGGAAUCGGGAAGAAAACGUACUUCGGACGGCCCUACUCAUGACAGGCCACUUCGCCAUGAUCAACAAACGGGAUCCAGGGCCGAUCAAGUAUUUCUCCCGGGUCGUCGCGGAGUUUUUCGAAGGAUACAUCGGCAGCAUUUACGAGGUUGAACUGUUCAGCGAUGCGAAUCAGGCGUGCGCUAAUGAGCUAGUCGUCAUCAGCGAAAGUCGCGACUCUGCCAGAUUACGUCUCUUUCUGACCAGUAUUUUCCAUUUCGCCCAGCAGGCCCAUGAGAAGGGACAGGACCGCUUUCUCAACAUACCCCCGGCAGCAUGCUUGAUUCUCUGCCAGGAGAAUGCCACCGCUCACCGGUGGCUGAUUGGUGAGGCCAUUCCAAAGGAAAUAGGGGCGUUGGUAGCGAAGGAACCUCCGGGAUUGCUGCAGAAGCGGGCUUGCAAGACUUUUGUGGAGUGCCUGAUCAUUGGGAAGCAGUAUGGUUUGACAUUACCUAGGGGCGCACCAAGACAAAGAGUGGAACAGCAUUUGCAGUCCUUGCCGGGUGUCGGACAUAUGAUGAACCGCAUCCUUGGUUCAUAA